AUGACGUAUGGGCCACAGUUCCGCAAUCUUGUCGAGAUCAAUAGAGGCGAUGCGUCGGUUCAUGCUGUCAUUCAGAUUCCCGACACGAAAUCCAUGAUGCCCUACCAAUACGAGUUCGACCACGUCAUCCAUCCCUCAACCUUGGACACCAUGCUGCAAACAGUCAUAACUUUGGGCGACUGUAAAGGCGCCAUGCUUCCCUGUUCCGCCGGGCGGAUCUUUGUCUCGGGAGCGCUGCCAAAAGGUGCAGGCUCGCGCUUUCAGGGCUUUACCACGGCUCGCACACCGCCAUCAGGAGGCGCAAUUGCAGAUAUCACCAUGUUUGACGAAGGACUUCAUGCACCAGCAGUUAUUCUUGAAGACGUGUUGUUCAAAUCCGUUGCCCCUAAGACCGCGCCAGGCAAUGGCGGGUUUCUACCUUCACACCGAAACUUAUGUUCCGAGAUCGUCUGGAAGCAGGAUGCUAGCAGCAUCGCAGCACUGGGAUUCGACCUUCCUAUAAGCAUCCAAGAAGUCAUCGAUCUUACCUCUCAUCAAAAUCCUUCGCAGUCUAUUCUUUACCAUGCGUUACACGGCCCGAACUCGGUUUACGGUGGCAUGAAUUUUCCCAAUGGCGACAUCCGCCACCUAGGCGUCGUCGCCGAUGCUGUGAACAUUACGAGAUUCAUUCUUGGCGGCCUCGCAGCAGGAUACGAAACUCCGCGAUUCUCUCGCUGCAUCGUCUCUGGUGUCAACGCAAAGAAGACAUGGCAACAUUUACGAAUGCUGAAAGAAAUCGGCCCCGGGCUCGAACGCAUACAUUGUGCAGAGGCCGAAUCUGAGAAUGACACGCACGGCCUCGUCAAUUCUGCAACGUGUUGA